UACAGCCACUCUGAAAACAAAACAAAACAAAAUACACAACUAUGAAUGGGACAUUAAUAAAAAUAAAAUAACAUUUGGAUGGAUGGCAUAUAUAAGUAUAAAUAUGCGCAUAAUUUUAAGAAUCCUGGCUGUUAGAGUUCCCUCAAAGUUGUCAAUGGCAAUGGCCAAAAUCAUCCCAGCUCUGCUCCUCUUCUCCUUUCUUACAGAUCUUUUUCCGGGUAUCCAAAGCACUGGAUUUGGAAUUAACUAUGGCCAAAUUGCCGACAAUCUGCCAUCCCAUUCAAGGGUUGUCACCCUCCUCAAAUCACUUAACGUCAAACGAGUUAAACUUUACGACGCCGACCCGAACGUCCUGACCGCAUUUGCCGGGUCAGACUUUGAGUUCGUUAUUGGCCUUGGAAAUGGCGAUCUUCAGAAGAUGACUGACCCGACCCAAGCCCAGACCUGGAUCCAACAAAAUGUUCAGCCCUAUUACGGGUCAACCAAGAUCACCUGUAUCACGGUCGGGAACGAGGUCUUAACUGGCGGUGACUCUCAUGCCAUGUCGUAUCUUCUCCCGGCGAUGAAAUCAGUUCACUCGGCGCUGGUUAAUUUAGGGUUAAGCGACAAGAUCAGUGUAACGACGGCUCAUGCGUACUCGGCAAUGGCGGUCUCCUUCCCACCUUCUUCCGGCGCGUUUAAACCGGAUCUCGCGGAAUACAUCCACGACAUUCUCGAUUUCCAUGCUCAAACAAACUCGGCGUUUCUCAUAAAUGCUUAUCCCUACUUCGCAUACAAAGGAGAUCCCGGCGACGUUUCACUGGACUAUGUGCUUUUCAACCCUAAUCCGGGGAAUACGGAUCCGGUGACGAAAUUGAAAUACGACAACAUGUUCUACGCCCAGAUCGAUGCGGUUUAUUCGGCGAUGAAAGCGAUGGGUCACGAGGAUAUAGAAGUGAAGGUUUCGGAAACGGGUUGGCCUUCGAAGGGGGACGAGAAUGAGGCGGGGGCGACACAGGAGAAUGCCGCACGGUACAAUAGUAAUCUGUUGGGGCGCUUAAGCAAGGGCGAAGGUACACCGGCGAAGCCGUCGGUGCCGGUUGAUGUGUAUGUUUUCGCUCUGUUCAAUGAGAAUCUAAAGCCGGGCCCGACUUCGGAGAGGAAUUACGGGCUCUAUUACCCGAAUCUCAACCCGGUUUAUGACAUUAAACUACAACAGCAAGAUGGUACUGGUUCUACUGGUUCCUUUCCCCAAAUGGAGUAUUCUGCUGCUGGUGGUAGAGUAUUAUGUAUUCCAGCUUUUCUUCUGAUUUUUAUACUAUGCUUCAUACAAGUCUGGUAGCUUCAGGAACAGAACAAAUUGUAGGUAGAGCAGAGCCCCAUUGAUAACUGAAUUGGCUGUCCUUGAUUGAUUUAUUGCUACAAAUUGAUUAAAGGUGAGUAGAUGAAUUAAAGUUUGUAUAUUUUUAUGUGAUUCAUUCAGGACUCAGGAUAAAGCUAGCUAGUUUAAUUUAGUGAUUCAUUCUUAGUAAUUUCUUGGAGUGGUGUACAUAUUUUAUGUGAGGAGUUCUGAUCUUACAAAAUCUUGAAUUGAAUAUUAAUCAAUUUGAUCCUAUUUUAAGGGUGGUUUUGAAUUCACUCAUUUUAGCUAUUUCUGCCCAAAACAUUAAACAAUUAUUUUGAUUCAUUGGUGCUUAUCUUCAGAAAUGAUCAUGAAUGUGAAACUCAAUUUGUGUUGAACUUUGCAUCAUCUUUAAGAAGACAAAAGUCCAUAGUGGCUUCUGUCUGGAAGAUGCCGCAAUCAGAUUCCAUUUUCGGUUACUUUUCUCUCUUUUCCAUUAAUUAGUUGUGCCAGAUAUGAAAGGAUUUUCAUUUCAUACUCAUUUUGCAUGUCAUAAUCUUUCACAUGACCGCAUCUUUUGUCCCUUUUUCAACACUCAUUAAUUACUACGGAGUAAAUUACUAUUUAUAGCUGUGAAUCAUACACAACUUGAGGAAAGGGAUGGGUAACCACCUGAUGAGUCACGGGGUAUACUAUUGUUGUUUUGAUUCAGUUUUUUUUUUAUCUUGGUCGACUAUUGAUUCAUUUUCAGUUUUAAUCCCCUACAUAAAUUGGUCCAGUGAGUUAUGCGAAGAACCAAAAGGGCAAGAAUAUGUGACCCAAAGUAAAGUAUUUUCUGUAUUUUGUUUUGCUAAAGCUUUGUUCCAAGAGCACAAUAACCCUCCCUGACCCAACCAGGGUGCUUGAUCUCCAUACCUAUGUCUUUCAAGUUCCGAAUUUGACCUUCCCAAAUUACUGUUUUGACAUUGUUUCACUUUAUACAAUUACUGUUAUUGGUGGUGUAGGAGAGUAAAUUGAUGCUCUCUUUGUGCUAUUGGACUUAGUCAGCUUUUCCUUUUUGGUUGUUACACAAAUCUUACCACUAAAGUACUUAUGUUAUGGUUUUAUUUAUUUUUCUCUCCUCUGCACAAAUUUCAAUCACACAAUUUUUAUUUUUUUGAUUUCUUAAUAUAAUUGAAAAUGUACAUCCAAAAAUGUCCAUCAAAGAGGUCUAUUAAGAAUGUCCCAACAGAGAAUAUAUGGACCUUAAAUAUGGACGGAGGGAAUACAAUCCCUUAUAAAGUUUUUUAGAACAUAAUGAGGGUGGAGGUCAUUAUCAACCCCUGCUGUCAUCUUCAAGUCGAAUCAAAGCUUGCUCAGCCCAAUGAGUCAUUUAGGUUUUAAUUAUGAAGCCUCAUAUUUCUUCACCAAGCAACCUUUUAUCAUUUUACCAAACCUUAAAACACCUGCCUAGCUCACACUUGAUGACUUUAGAGAAACAAAUCCACUAUGUUUUUCUUUUGCCAUCAUUUCCUACGUGUUGAAAAUGAAGAACCUGCUGACAUAGGCUGAUUAUAUUGAAUGGGAAGAUUCAAUGUAAAGUUUGACCAUUACAGUUUAUAUUAUCAUCAAAUCUUGCUUAAGCCGCCUCAUUUAGUUGCAUAAAUUUCUUGUGGCUGCCUGUUGCUAUCUUUUACAUCAUCGGGCUGUGUGUAAUGCUUGUUUCAGAGGAUAAGAUUGGCGGCCACCCCACAUGUGUAUUAUUAAAACAAUUUUCACAUUGCUGUUGAUUUUUCUUUCUUUUUUACUCCGUUUAUAACAUUCGCAUAUAAAAUAAUUCAUGCUUCUCGUAUUGAAAAUGGUGUUGCGUCCGUUUGUAGAAAAUAUCUCUUGACUAAGACAUUAGUUCCUGAAAUAGGACUAAAACAUUUUAAAAAUUUCAAAAUAGAACUGUCAUGUUUUUUAUUCCCAAAAUAAGAUUAAUUACUGUCAUGUGUUUGAAAUACUACCAUGUUUGAAGUCUGCUAAAACAUGGCAGUAAUUAGUCUUAUUUUGGGAAUAAAAAUAUGGCAGUCCUAUUUUGGAAUUUUCACAUUGUUUUAGUCCUAUUUCAGGUAAUAUUUAUUUUAUAAUAAGGUAAAUAUGUUAUGACUAAGAGUCCGUAUUAUGUCCUGUUUUUCACCUUUUUCAUCAAACACAUAACUUUUGGUUACACGCGCUGAAUUAUGUAAUAAGCAAAAAAAGUAAGGUUGAAGUUACUUUUCUGGUUGUGUUUGCUGAAGUUACCGUAGAGGAUCAUUUUAGCUUGUUUUUCAUAUAAUUUUUAUUUUAUUUAUUAAUAACAAAUAUUUUAUAUAUAAUUUUAUUAUGAAUCAGCCAAUACAGUAACUUCAGUCAGAACUUCAAAAAUUUCAGCAGAAUCAGCCAAUUCAGCUAAUUUUAGUGUUACCAAAUGGGCUCAAAAAAGUCAUAUUCAUUUUAAAGAAACACGGUAUGUUUGUUAAAAGUUGUCCCAACUAGGAGUAAAAAUAAUCUAAAUUCAAAAGUAAGAAGUGAUGUACUUUUCUCUAAAUAUGAGUAAUUGUCGCUAUAUUUAAAAUAUACGGAAUUACCACACAAAUAUUGCCAUAUUUGCUAAUGCCAAAAUAUGAUUAUAUCGUACUACUAUUUUGGAUGGAAAUAUAGUACUAUUAUUUUGGAAUUUCACGAUAUUUUUACCUUGUUUUGAAAAAUUUCGAUCAUUUGCUGUUUUAAUUUAUGAGAUACGUUGUUGAAGUUUGAAGUGUAUGUUAACAUUUUGCCCCCUUUUUUGACAGGCAGCUUUGGUUCGGCGAUUACUAAAUGGCAAUUUAGCAUACUAUACACAUACGAUUCAGCAUUAUUCUUUUAGAUAGGCGUUAAAGAAUACAGGCUUUUUGUUCUUGUUCUUUAGAUGUGUGAAUAUAUAUGCCAUUGUAUUCCAUAUUUUUCUCAUUUUUUUAUAUUUUCCGUAAUUCCUGUUCCUGUUCUUGAUAUAUUUGCGUGUUGUAUAUCAUCAACUAAUUAUGAUUUAUUUAGUUUUAUGCAUACAACUAUACACGGUUCCCUCCUGAUAGGUUGUAAAUGAAUAAUUUAAAUAUGGUUCACAAGUCGUAUUAGAUUUCGAUUGAUUUGAUCGGAGUGCG